AUGAGGGAGACAUUUCUUCUCCUGCACUUGUUUACUUCUCCGCCGUCUGUCUGCUCCACGCGCCCUAGCAACUGCAGCAUCAGCACGAGCAGCUCGGCGUUGGUACGCUACGUCAAAGCUCGUCCUCGGCUGCGUCAACCUGCACCCUCGUCCUGCAGCCCUGCCUGUCUCCACCGCUGCUUUAGCAUCUUCGAGCAGCGAGCAACAUCAACAGGGGCCGGGGGUGCUGAAGAAGAGCUGCAUGCCCCUUUGCAUGCAGCGGACCUAGAUCAUAUUUCUGCAGACUGCAUCAGUGGCCUUAACCUCCCACAAAUCUUUGUGUGGUCUACAUCCUCCGGCGUCCGCCCUCCUCUCCCUCCAAGCGCUCUGCUCCUCAUUCUCCUCUCGGCCUCUCGGUAUCGCGUCCAGCUGUGGCCCUCACAGGGCGCCUUCGCUGGCUCUCACCUGACAGGUCCCUGGCCUCAGGACGACAGCCAGCACCAACACGUUUCCUACAUGAGGGACAAAGCGACGCAGACCCCCAGGGCCUGGGCAGAUGAGAGGAGGAGGGGCUCUCACAAACGCUCGGCCUCCUGUGGGAGCACCGACCAGCUCAAGGAGAUUGCCAAAUUGCGUCAGCAGCUUCAGCGCAGCAAACGCAGCAGCCGCCAUCGACGGGAUAAAGACCGCAAGUCCCCGUUCAAUGGCAGCCACACCAUCAUCCAGUCGCAGUCACCUAUGCCCAAGACCAUUCUGAUACCCAUCCCUAUAUCCAAGUCAUCGGCCCCUCGUUUCCGCAACAGCGUGGAGGGCCUCAACCAGGAGAUCGAGCGCAUUACCAUCCAAGACACCCCUGAAAAGGACGAGACCAUCGUUCCACAGGAUGUCCCAGAUGGGCACCGUGCACCCCCACCCGUCCCCCCACAGCGCAGCAGCAGCACCCGCAGCAUCGACACACAGACUCCCUCAGGGGGCGGCCUGAGUGGUAACCACAGCAACUGCAGUAGCCGUCCCGACUCCAUCUCGCCCUCCUACCUCACCGUCCUCAACGACACAGGUGGAGGCAGCCCCUAUGAAGACAAAGAGCUGGGCCCUUACUCCCCUCUGCCUAAAUACGCUGCCUCUCCCAGACCAAACAACAGCUACAUGUUCAAGAGAGAACCUCCAGAGGGCUGUGAGAAGGUCAAAGUAUUCGAGGAGUUCAUGCCCAAACCUCUGCAGGAGAUUCCUCCCUUCCUGUGUCCCGACCGCAACAAGGUCAACUUCAUCCCUAACAGCGGCUCUGCCUUCUGCCUCGUCAGUAUCCUAAAGCCCUUACUCCCCGCCCCAGACCUCAACUUUCGCCCCGGGGUGGGCCUCCGAAGCCUGUCCCCGUCCCUCGUGCCUCUGUCCACCCAGCCCUGCCUCCUGGAAGAGCCUGAGAGCUUCUGACACCCCACGAGGGCUUCAAGUCGCCACAGCCCCCACGAAGGAAACCCCCUCCUCCCCAACUAAAUCAGAAAACAUGUGAAACUAGGAAACAACCCUUCUGCUCCAAAAAAAAAAAUGCCUUCAGCAUGCCAGCUAAGCUCUCUCUGAUGUCCUUAUCUUGUUGAAAAAGCGCUUCCCACUGCCUCUCCUCCUCAGACGACUACAACGAGAGUCCUGCAGCCCUGUGCCAGGGUUUGCGGCCAACAUUUCAUCGCUUUCUUCUACCUUUAGUGCUGGUUACGUUCCUGUUAUGUGGGAGGAAAAGGGCGAAAAAGGACAGACUCUUUUAUUUCAUCGUAUUAUACCAUGGCGCCUUUCCACGGACAUAUCUCUUUUUCUAUCUGUAGUUAUUUCUCUUUAUAUGAAAUAUGCCUUCCAUUACAAAAAAAAAAAAAGGCGACCAAGAGUUUGACCACGGAGGCUAAUUUUGGUGCUGCCAGAUUUAUCGUAGCAAAACUUGAACGGUCGCGACAAGGAGAAGUUAAAAAUGUGCCUGAUAUCUUAGACCGCUCAGUUUCGCUAAACCAGCGUAGUGCUCUGAUCAUGUUUGUUUCUUUAGCAUGACACACGUGAUGUUUGCACUAUGAUGGCCAUAGAUACACGCAGAAAGGCAGGUGGUAUAUUAAUUGUGAACUAAAUCCAGACAUCUGUUUUGUACUUCUGUCAGCCAUUUACAUUUAAAGCUGACUGUAAACCAGUACAGGCCGAUGCCUUUGUUACACUAACUGGUAGCAGUGAACUGGUCCCCUGCCGGGCGGUGUGUAUCUAUGGGAAACACAGGCCAGGGCUAUGAUGUGUGCAGCGUGUUCCACCUGUGUCUGCUUGCCCCUCCUUUCCCAAGCGCCAGCCUUUGCUCCAAUUGUCCCUUUUUACUCCACCGCCAUCACAACUGCCCCAACCGCUCUGUUCCUACCUUUUCCACCUCUUUCUCUCCAUUUUCUUUCCCUCACUGUCACUUGUCAUGCUGAUUUCCUUGAGUCUUUCUCAGCUAGUGUUGUUGUGAAAUGUGUCCAAAAGGCCCUCGUCCUCACGGCGACAGGCUCCCUCUGGCUUGUAGGGCCCUGAGCAUGGAGAGGUUGGUGAACACAAAUACUACUGUAGUGGCAAAAUAUAAAUCAGACAAAAAAAUUAAAAUAAAGAUCAAACAUUCUCAAAAUCAAAUGGCCACUGAGACACCUACGGAAUGACUCUUAAGCAGGGAAAAAGAAGUCCAUUGUCCAGGCAAGCAUAGCGUUUAUGUGGUUUAUUUCCAUUUCAAGCGAGCAAACAAACAAAUGGUGUCUACAGCCUCUCUUGCCUUGGUAAAAAACCAUGAAUCUUUUCCAGUCCCUACCUGUGCUAAAUGUGACUACCCCUGUAUGUAGAUUCACCUGCCCAAGCUGCCCACUACCUACUAAUUAUUUUUUUUAAAUUAACUAAAAUAAUAAUAUUAACAGUUUAAUCAAACAAAUUCUUUAAGGCAAAACAGCAAUAAAAUACAUUAAUAUUUAAUUAUUAAAUUAAAUUACAGUAAAGGAGUAGCUGCAACAACUACACUGCGGACCAUGAGGGCAGAUGGAUUUCUACAAUACAGCUGCAACCAACCUACUGUUUUCAGCACUGAAAGUCUAACAUAACAAUUACAAUUAAGUCUCCACAUCAGUCCACAUUGCUUAAGUGCAAACCUUAAAGACCCCGAAACUCUGGUUUCAAAUCAAAGUAUUUUUAUCUAACUCUAAAGCUGCAUUAAUUAAUGAAAUGACUACAUGCAAUCACUGGACUGCAGCUCCCCUUAGCUCUACGGAGCUUUUCAGCUUCUUUGUUUUGGUUUUACAGCACACAACUUUUGGUUUUAGUUCACUCUCACGUCCAGCCACAGCUGGCAGGCAGUCUGUGUCCUUGAACCAACCCCUAAUAUUCACACAACAGUUGUGGAUGGAAACAGGCAUUAAUUUGUACUUCAUUUAAAUACAUGUUUUUAUUCAUUUAAUAUUUUAAAAGCGCUACAUUUGAAGGCAAACUUGACCAGUGCUGUGUCUACAUGUUGUUUCCACUGCCCCUCAGUGGUCAAAAUAAUGAAUUACUGCAGGUUAUGACAAUAUAUGAAAGUUCUCCUUUGAACUAAGCUCAAAAUUAAACAUAAAUAUUAACGAAACACACUUUAAACACCACCUGAUUAAAACUAACGACACAUGUGGAUGUCUGAUGAGGAGCUGUCGUAGUUUGUUGGUUGAAGACCUCUCCGUGCCCGGGCCCCUCUUCCUGUAUAUGUCAUUACUACUUGACUGUGCCUGCUACGGUGGGAUAGGAAUGUACUGGAUAUGUAAAUAUAGAGGCACACUGUGUUUGUAUUAUCGGCUGACAAAGAUAUGUAAAUGAAUGAGUCAACAAUUGUACCCUAUAUCCCUCCCCCCUGCCUCCUCCUGCAUUUUCUCCGCUGAGUACUGUGAAUUACUACACGUCUCAUUAUUGUGAAUAAUAAUGUAUUUAUUUAUCGGGAGUAUAAUUGGGUCUGCAGAGAAUUUUAAAUCAAGAAUAGAUUGCAUCGUCCAUCUCAGGUUGUAGUGAAUAGGACACACAAAAAAAAAAAUAACAAGAGAUAUACUAACUUCUCAGCGCACACUAACAAGUCUACACUACUAUUAAGAGAGCAAACCAACAGCUGCUAUUUAUGUAGCCUCACACAGUGGAAAUCCUGACUGAUGUAAACCUGUAGCAGAGUAGAAGUAGAGAGAGAAGUGUGGAUGUCACCUGAUUUGGCACGAGUAAUGUUUCUUCAAUGAAAUUAGAUGAGUUCUGAUCCAAAAUGAGAUAUCCACUUGCUGAAAAACAAUCACACCUACAAGCGACAUGUUCUUGGUCGUUGUUUUUUUUUUUUAGACAUCUGUUUACAAAGAGAAGUAGUCUGAAAGAGCAGAUUCAUACAUGUGGAAAUACAGAUUUAUUUCAGAUACCAAUCUUUGUUUUUUCUUCUUCUUCAAAGUGGAUAUGAAUAAACAGCAUUUUUGGAUGAGGCUCAACGUAAGAAAUACUCGACAAGGAUUCUUUGUUUGCUUGUCCAGUUUAUUGGAAACAGAACUGCCAAGUUUUCAUCUGUUAAACCCCUUGAGUGAAAUAAAAAGGCAUAGUUGAAUUAAAUAAAGCAUUUGUGAUUGACUUGAGAAAUACAUUCUUUUUUUUUUUUUUAA